UUUUUUCUUUUCUUUUUCUUUUUCUUUUUUUUUUCUUUUUAUAUGAUAUGAAGAAAUAAUGGGAAAACAUAAAGAAUCAUCAUCAUCAUCAGAUCUUAUUGAUAUAAAAGAUAUCAAAUUAUGUUUACAAACUCGUCAUUCUUUAUAUCAACCUUAUACCAAUUUAGGAUCAAAUCAUCUUGUAGCAAUUAAUCCUCAUAAAACUCUUACUUCAAAUGAUGAUCAAACUAGUUUAGAUUAUGUUGCCAUUUAUAAAGAUAUUCAUCAUCAUUCAUUGGAUCCUCAUUUAUAUAAUCUUGUUAAUCAUACUUAUUAUCAUAUGCGACGUACUGGAAAUGAUCAAACUAUAUUUUUAUCUGGUGAAUCUGGUUCAGGAAAAACAACUUUACGACAAUUUAUUCUUCGACAUUUAGUACGACUUGGUAGUCAUAAAAAAGAAACAAAAGUACAAACUCAAAUCCUUCAAUCUCAACUUGUUUUGAACUCUUUUGGUCAAGCUGCUUCUACUUAUAAUCAAUCUCAUUCUCUCUUUGGUUAUUAUGGUGAAAUUCAAUUCAAUGAAAGAGGUCGAUUGAUUGGUGCAAAAACUUUACAUUAUUGUUUCGACAAAACGCGUAUUAUUUUACAUCAACAACCCAACUUUCAAGUUUUUUAUCAACUUAUAGCUGGUGCUGAUCAACAAGAGCGACAAACUUUACAACUUACUACUGAUCCUUCUCAUUAUCGUUAUCUCAAAGGUGGUCGAACAACUCCUAAUGAUGCUGAUGCUUUUCAACAACUCAAAUCUAGUUUGAAAUCUUCUGGUUUUAGAAAAGAUCAUAUUCAUCGUAUUAUACAAUUAUUGGCUGCUAUUCUUCAUUUGGGAAAUUUGAUUUUUAUGGAUCCAUCUGCUUCUAGUGGUCAAGAAGCUGCUUUUGUGAAAAAUACGGAUGAAUUGGACUUGGUGGCUGAUAUGCUUGGUUUAGAUCCUCGUGCUUUGGAAAAUGUCUUGACUUUUAAAACUACUUUGAUUCGAAAGGAUAUCACUACUCUGAUCUUGAAUGCUGAACAAGCUAAUCUCCAGCGAGACGAAUUAGUCAAGAUUCUAUAUUCAUUAUUGUUUUCUUGGUUGGUUCAUCAUAUCAAUAAUAGGACUUGUCAUGAUCAAUUUUCUAGUUUUAUCGGUUUAUUGGAUUUUCCUGGUGUUCCACCAACAACAACAACAACAGGAUCAGCUGGAUUCCAUACAUUCUGUCUUCAACUUGCCAAUGAACGUAUUCAUCAGUUUUAUAUGUCUCGUGUUUUCAACUAUGAUACAGAUCUGUAUACAUCAGAAGGAAUUCAAAUGGAAAAAGUCGACUAUAGGAAUAAUGCAUCUUGUCUGGAACUUUUGACACGACCUUCCAAAAGUAUAUCUACGCUUCUUAACAAUAUGACGGAAAAUGCUGCUACUGGAAAACGAUCUUUUACCGAUACCAACUUUUUAGAUUCUGCUAUCAAAUACAAUGGUCAACAUCGUGCAUUCUCUUUGAAAACGUCAAGUACUAGUGCUCGUCAUUUUGCUGUAGAACAUUAUUCUGGAUCUGUUACUUACAAUCCUGAUGGCUUCUUACAAGAGAACAGCAAUUUACUUUCUGUGGAUUUUGUAUCUUUGUUCCGUGGAAAUGCUGAUACCCCUGCCUCUUGGAAUGGUUUUCUAGUAGAAUUAUUUUCAGAUGAUCAUCUCGCCACUUCUUCACAUCCUAGACAUGCUUCUGCUAUCGCCACAGCUCAACAAUCUGCAAAACCUACUCGUCAGCCUUCAUUGCGGAAAAGUAAACGACAAAAAGAUGAUCAGCAAAACGAUGAUGAACCAUCGGGAAAAUCAUCAACAACCGUUCUUGGUCAAACUCAAUCAGCUUUGGAUGAUUUAUUCAACUCAAUUGAAGAAGCUAAUCUCUGGUCUGUUUUAUGUAUACAACCCAAUGAUCAACGUAGUCCAACCGUAUUUGAUAGUCAACGUGUUCAACAACAAAUUGAAACUCUCGCCUUGUCUCAGAUAGCUCAGAGAAUGAAACAAUAUUAUAUACAAUCAAUGUCUCAUUCUGAAUUUUUGGAUCGAUACUCAAUCAUAUUGGAAUCUCGAAUUGAUAUCAAUCGUCUACCUAGAUCUUGUUGUGAUCUUGCUAUUCAAUCGUUUGGAUGGUCUCAUUUGGAAGCAACGGUGGGAAAUACCAUGAUCUUUUUGGCGCAAGUAGCUUGGACAAGCCUGGAAAAUCAACUUCGACAAAUGGAAAAAGAACAACAACGUCAACAUCGGGAUAUCAACAAAUCAAGCAAUCGUAAUAGUACACAAAUGGAUAGUAAUUUGGAUAUGUCUUCAUUACCUAGUUCUCAAUUACAUUCAGUCGCAGCAGCAGCGGGAUUACCUCAACCUACAACAAAUUCUCGUUAUGAUGAUCAUCAAUCAUUUUAUUCUGAAGAUGAAAUCUAUACCCCUGAUGAUACAACCAGUGGCGGUCUCGGUGGUGCUGGAGGAAAAUACCAAGAAGGUUCUUAUUAUGGUUCAGAUUCUUAUGGUUAUUCCAAUGAAGGUGAUACAAAAGGUCUGACUUUGGAUCAACAACAACAACAACAACAACAACAUUUCGGUUAUUCAUCUCAUAAUACUGGUGACAACUACAGCGAUGAUGAUGAUGAUGAAAAAAAAGUGAUGUCGACACAACGAAAACAAUGGUUGUUCUUUGUUUGGGCUGUGACUUGGUGGAUUCCUUCAAAAUUCUUAAAUUGGUGUGGUCACAUGAAACGCAAGGAUGUACAAAUUGCAUGGCGUGAAAAGGUGGCGCUAUGUUUUAUCAUUUUUUUGAUGUGUGGUUUUGUGAUUUGGUUCUUGGUAUUCUUUGGCGAAUGGGUUUGUCCACAUCAAAAUGUCUUCUCCGUAUCUGAACUUCAAAGUCGUAGUGAAAAGGAUAACGCUUAUGUAUCUAUCCGUGGUGAGGUCUUUGAUCUGACAAGUUUUGCACCUCGUCAUUAUCCUUCCGACAUUAUACCUAUAAGCUCUCUUCUUGAAUAUGCUGGCAAAGAUGUUACCACCCUUUUUCCUAUUCAAGUCUCUGCUCUGUGUGAAGGAACUACUGAACCUGUAUCACCUUAUGUAUCUUUGGAUUAUCAAGUCAACUUGACCGACAAAAAUGCACAAUAUCAUGAUUUCCGUUAUUCAUCAGAAGAUUAUCAGCCAGAUUGGUACUAUGAUCAAAUGACAAUGCUUCGACAACAAUACAAAAAGGGCAAUAUGGGUUAUGAAUACAAGGCGGUGAGUGAUCAAGCAAAUUCAGCUACUCUGGUGAAUGGCAUUCAAAUGACUCGUAACUGGGCUGUAUUGGAUAAUCGUGUUUAUGAUCUUUCUUCUUACAUUCUUGGUGGUCGAUAUACCAUGGCGCCAAAAGGACAACAACCUCCUGCCAAUGUCAAUGUCAAUUUUAUGGAUGAUUCUGUUGUCAAUCUUUUCCGAACCAACUCUGCCAAAUGUCAAUUCUCUACCUAUCUUCUAUUGAUUGUCACCUGUCUACUAGCAAGUGUGAUCUUGUUUAAAUUCUUGGCUGCUCUUCGAAUUGGUAGUGCCCGUGCUCCUGAAGAACAUGAUAAGUUUGUGAUCUGUCAAAUUACCUGUUAUACCGAAGAUGAAGAAUCAUUACGCAAGACGGUGGAUUCUAUAGCCAAGCUUACUUAUGAUGACAAGCGGAAACUCAUGUUUAUUAUUUGCGAUGGAAUGAUUGUGGGUAGUGGGAAUGAUCGACCUACUCCUCGAAUUGUUUUGGAUAUUUUGAACGUGGAUGCUCAAGUGGAUCCUGAACCGCUCUCCUUUGUCUCUGUAGGUGAAGGUCAAAAACAACACAAUAUGGGUAAAGUGUAUUCUGGUCUUUAUGAAGUGGGUGGACAUGUGGUACCUUAUUUAGUGGUAGUGAAAUGUGGUAAACCAACCGAACGUCAAAAACCUGGUAAUCGUGGCAAACGUGAUUCUCAAUUGAUCCUGAUGCAAUUUUUGAACCGAGUUCACUUUGAUGCUCCUAUGAACCCUAUGCAAUUGGAAAUCUAUCAUCAAAUGAAGAAUGUUAUUGGUGUGAAUCCUAGUUUUUACGAAUUUGUAUUGAUGGUAGAUGCUGACACAGAAGUCCUUCCUGAUGGUCUCAACAAUUUAGUCUCGGCAGCUGUACAUGAUUCGAAAAUUAUCGGUAUUUGUGGUGAAACAACUUUAUCCAACGAAAAAGAUACUUGGGUGACAAUGAUUCAAGUCUACGAAUAUUUCAUCUCUCAUCAUAUGAUCAAGGCCUUUGAAUCACUCUUCUCGACAGUCAGUUGUUUACCCGGUUGUUUUACAAUGUAUCGCGUGCGGACUGUGGAUGGCAAGCGUCCUUUAUUUAUCAGCAACGAAGUGAUCAAUGAUUAUUCUGUUAAUGUGGUGGAUACUCUGCACAAGAAGAAUCUGCUCCAUUUAGGUGAAGAUCGGUAUUUGACAACCCUCCUUUUGAAACAUUUUGCCAAUUUCAAGACCAAGUUUACUUCGGAUGCUCAAUGCAAAACCAAUGCCCCUGAUUUAUGGAGUGUAUUGAUUUCUCAACGACGACGAUGGAUCAACUCGACUAUUCACAACUUGGGCGAAUUGAUGUUUUUACCUCGAUUGUGCGGUUUUUGUUGUUUUUCGAUGCGAUUUGUGGUUAUUCUGGAUUUGAUCAGUACUUUGGUGAUGCCGGCGUUGGUGGGUUACUUGAUUUAUCUCUUUUAUGAAAUUGGCACAGCAAGCGACGGCAAGAUUCCUAUUAUCUCGAUUGCGACAAUAGCUGGUGUAUAUGGCUUACAAGCUCUUCUCUUCAUCAUCAAGCGUAAAUGGGAAUACAUCAUCUGGAUGCUUGUCUCCAUCCUGGCUAUUCCUGUCUUCUCAUUCUAUAUCCCGAUUUAUUCUUACUGGCAUUUCGAUGAUUUCUCUUGGGGUAAUACUCGUGUAGUGAUGGGUGAAAAGGGCAAGAAAAUCAAGGUGGCUGAUGAAGGUGAAUUUGAUCCCAAGACAAUUCCUACCAUGACUUGGACACAAUACGAAAAGACAAUAUUGGCAGAGGAUUGGAAUGACGGUGGAUCUCAAAUCAGCAGUGCUUAUACGAAUCAUUCUCGUCGUGGUAUGCAAGGACCUGAAUCUGUUUAUGGUGGUAGCGAUACAAUGAGUGCACAUUACACAUUGAAUCCUUCGGCAAUCGAUCCUCGUACAGCUUCUGGUCUAUUUACUAUGGAUGGAUCAAUGAUGAUGCCUUCUUCUGGAUCUAUGAUGAUGAUGCCUUCUUCUUCAGGGAUGAUGCCUUCUUCCAGCUCUGCUCCCAUGCUUCCUCUUCAAGCCGGUCAAAAUCGAUUCUCCUUGGCAUCUGGUUCCAUGACUCAUUUACAACCAUCAAGACUUCAUAGUAGACAAUCAUUGACUCUGGAUGGUUUAGAUUCAACUCCUUCUAACGAAGAGAUUCUCCAACAAGUUCAACGUAUUCUUAGUACCGCUGAUCUUACUCAAAUCACCAAGAAACAAGUCCGUGAACAAUUACAACAAAUCUUUGGUGUAUCCAUGACAAAUAGAAAAGAUUAUAUUAAUGCAUGUAUUGAAAACAUUUUACAAGAUCGUGUCAAGGCCUAGUGGUCUUUCUCUUUUAUAUAUCGUUUUACUUAGUAUUAUUCCAUUUUGUAUUUUUUUUUUUUUACACUUUCAAUGAAUAAAAAAAUUACAUCUUUUAUACUU